AUGGCCAACACCGAGACGUGGCUUGCCAAGGCCCAGAUAGGCCGCGACGCCCUCGAGCAGUCUAUUCCCCGGCACUUGAUCGCAGGAAUAUCCAAUUUGCCGGGCGAUGACCAGAGAAACGUUUUGCACUUUCCAGAGGAGCGUGGCGUGCUCACGCCAGAGGAACUUGACAUGACGAGCCAAACUGUCGACGGCCUACUGCAAAGAUAUCGGACGGGCAGGUGGACAGCCGAGGCAGUGACAUUGGCAUUUCUCAAACGAGCGACUAUCGGCCAGCAGCUACUUAACUUUGCCGUAGAGUUCUUGGCCGACCCUGCGCUCGAGGCCGCAAGAAGCCUGGACGAAAAGUACAGGCAGACGGGUGCCUUGGUUGGGCCUCUGCAUGGUGUUCCGAUUUCCGUCAAAGAACACAUUGGCAUGAAAGGAAGAAUAUGCAAUGCAGGCUUUGUGUGCAACACCGAUUCCAUUCCCGAGGAAGACGCACACAUUGUCCAACUACUCAAGAAAGCUGGGGCAGUCCUCCAUGUCAGGACGAACCAGCCUCAAUCCAUCAUGCAUCUAGACUGCAAUAACAACAUCACAGGCAUGACGCUGAAUCCCCACGAUCGUCGCCUCUCGCCUGGCGGUUCUUCGGGAGGCGAGGGUGCUUCUGUUGCUUUUCGGUGCUCGGUGCUAGGUGUCGGCACAGACAUUGGGGGCUCGAUCAGAGGACCUGCAGCCUUUUGCAGCGUCUACGGUUUCAAACCCACGGCUCUGCGGAACCCAGGGCAUGGGCUUGCAGGAAUAUUCGGUGGCCAAGAGUCAGUCCACGGCUGUGUAGGGCCCCUUGGUCAGUGUCUCGGCGACCUGAUUCGAUUCCAAAAAGCGGUGCUGGACCAAGAGCCCUGGGAGACGGAACCUUCUUUGAUGCCGCUGGGAUGGAGAGAUGUAACCCUUUCGCCUCCAUCUCUCACCGUUGGCAUCAUGCUUGACGAUGGCCUUGUCCAGCCCCAUCCCCCGAUAACAAGAGCUCUACUUGCAGCAGAGCAAAAACUUCAAGCUGCCGGGAUAAAAUCGGUGCGCUGGCAGCCGUACCAGCAUGCCGAAGGCUGGGACAUUGUGAAGCAAUUAUAUUUCGCCGAUGGAGCCAUCAGGCUGCGGAGCGCCCUGGAAUCAUCAGGAGAGCCGAUGCUUCCGCUGACAGAGCACGUUCUAAGCUUCGCGAGCCCCACAGACUUGACGGUUCUGGAUAACUGGAAGCUCAACUCUAGACGCGACAAGUACCGCAUGGAAUAUCAGGCCUUGAUGAAGUCCCAAGGCGUCGACGUGAUUCUUUGCCCGACUUACGUCGGCGUCGGGGCGCUUCAGGGGCAGCCAAAAUACUGGGCGUAUACCGCUGUCUGGAACAUCCUAGACUAUCCGGCAGUCGUUUUCCCGAGCGGGCUUUGCGCCGAUAAGACGACCGACGCCUUCAACUCGGAUUACCAGCCUAGGUCGGCGGAGGAUGAGAGGGAAUGGAAAGCCUAUGACCCCGAGCUGUUUGACAGCUUGCCAAUAUCAGUGCAACUGGUCGGAAGACACUGUCGCGAUGAGGAGGUCUUGCAAGCCGCAAAAAUAGUAGAGGAAGCUAUCCGCAAAGGCGCCAAGGACAUAUGA